AUGUACUCCUCAUUUGCUCUAGUUCCAGUUCCUGGGCGACUGUUCCGUCAUCGUUUGAAUCAACCACAACUGGUGUAUUCACGGCGGCAUCCACAUUUGCCGUUUGCUCAGCAAGUUGUGGCGCCGCACGCCGCAGCAUUUUCAACCGAUGAUGGAACAGCCUCACGUCGUAGCUGUUCGAGUUCGGUAACAUCAAAUGUAUCUCAGCGCAAGAUAUACCGAACUCGGUCUGCCAGGUUUUGCUCGGUGACGGUUACAGAUGGCUCCAGCUCAGCAAAAAGUCGAUGCAUCCUUGCCCAAUACGCAAAACCUCCAGUUUCUCCCCCUUUCGCCCAAAAAUACGCCCGCAAUGCGUUGCUGUUCAUCUGGGUUGUCCAACGCAUGCGGCGUACUCCACCAGAGGCGGGUGCCGAUUGCUGGGCCCGCGAAGACCCUGCCGACACCAAGCCAGCUGGUGGGGAUGAUGGAUGCGAGGGGCUGCUGGGUGGUCGUGCAGCACCUCGCGCUCGGCUGGCGGUUCGCAUGCUGUCGCGUCCAGCGCCAGCUCCAGACGCGCCCUGGCGACCUCCAGGCAGCGGCCCUUUGCGCGUUCUAUUUAAUUCCAUCAUCCAUUUCUAG